AUGGUGCGUGGUGCGGGUCGUGGUGGCCGUGGAAUGCCAGGCAGAGGUGGAAUGGGACGGCCACCAUUUAAUAGACCCCGGGUAAUGUUGCGACCGCCAUUUGACCUGAUAUUGGCUGAACCGGCAUUCCCUCGAUGCAAACCUGCCCCCGACGAUUCUGCUCUUACUCAGGCUCUUCUGAAAAGACAUGCAGAGUUGUGCCCGACACCGGCAGAGCAGUCUGCUGUGCUCAGCUUGGUCACAAAACUACAGACUGUCCUGGACAAUCUGGUAGUUGCUCCGGGAGACUUUGCAGCAUGUCAGUUAGAAGAAGUUCGUCAGGUUGGUUCAUACAAGAAGGGUACUAUGAUGGCAGGGAAGAAUGUAGCUGAUAUUGUAGUUAUCAUGAAGACUUUACCCACUAAGGAGGCUGUUGAGGGACUCUCUAACAAGGUUAACGAAGAACUAAAUAAACUGAUGCGUGCUGACGGUGGUGGUACUGUUACGUCGGCGUGCCACGAGCGAGGGUUCACUGUAACAGCAACUUCGGCAGCCGUCAGGGUGCUGGUCACAACCCUACAUCAGAACUUGAGGAAAUUGGAGCCUGAGAAUGGCAAAGUUAUAAAAUCUACACUUUGGUUUAACCAGGUCCAUUUGGACUACAAAGUCAUCAGCAGCCACUUAGCAGCCAUCCGUCACAGUCGCUGGUUCGAGGAGAAUGCUCAUCAUUCGUCUAUCAAGGUAUUAAUACGUCUGCUGCGUGACAUGUGUUCGCGUCACUCGGGACUUGAACCGCUGACACCUUGGAUGAUAGACCUGCUGGCACACCACUGCAUCAUGAAUAACCCUGCACGACAAGCACUCCCAAUCAACGUUGCAUUUAGGCGCGCGCUAUCGUUAUUGGCGGGAGGGUUGUUCCUGCCGGGCUGUGCGGGGCUGGCGGACCCUUGCGAGGCGGCUCAUGCUCGAGCACACACCGCUCUAGACCUGGCCGUGCUGGACUUGGCCGCAGCUACAGCACAAACUCUACUCCGUGUGGUUGCACGCGGUGGUCACCGCUACGUGCUGGGGCUGCAGGCCUUCGAAGGAGGCAAGGAUAUCUCCACUGAGAUCACCGUUUGGGACGGAGUGGUGGUAUCUCCACUCGCUCCAGCUUACACUGAGACUCCAGAGCCUAUGGACACUGACGAUAAAGAAGAUGAUGUCCAAGAUGGCGUCGCUGCUUAA